AAUCUCUCCAGUCUCUACUCUGGGACUCUAGCCUUCACAAUUUCCCGACUGCUGAGCCCCAGCAUGACCGCCGGCACAAAGCGGUCAGCGUCAUUAACAUCCAGCAUCUCUCCGCCGCCGCUGAAACGCAAGGUUGAAUCAACGGUAACGAGCAAAACUGUCGCGGCCUUUUUCACUCCCACCUCCAAGAAGAAGUCCGAUCAUAUAACAUGGCGUAUUGUCGGAGGGAGCUUGGUGAUCGGUAAAUAUGCGCCAGCGCCAGAUGAUAAUAGGCAAAGGACCACUGAGAAUGGGAAACAGAGAGUCGCAGCAUUUGACCUUGAUUCGACAUUAAUCUCUACAGCGUCAGGUAAUACCUUUGCCAGAGAUGCUACAGAUUGGAAAUGGUGGCAUGCCACCGCGCCAACUAGGAUGAAAGAUCUGAAUUCUAUGGGAUAUCAGAUCAUCAUCAUGACCAACCAGAAGAAAAUCAGUAUACAAAAGGAACUCAAAGCGGGCCGGAGCGAUUCCAAAAGCCUUGCGAACUUCAAGGAGAAAGUGAGCGCUAUAAUGCGGCAGCUAGAUAUCCCCAUGAGCGUCUACGCGGCAACGGAAGAUGAUGAAAAUCGAAAACCCCGUCUAGGAAUGUGGAAGGAGUUUCUGGAUGAUUACGACCUUGAUGCCGACGGGGUGGACUUGCCUAAUUCGCUCUUCGUUGGAGAUGCCGCUGGACGGCCAAAGGACCAUUCCAGUUCAGAUCGUGGUUUUGCAGCAAACGUGGGAAUCCCCUUCAAAACACCUGAAGAGUUCUUUCUCGGCAUAGCUCCAGAACCAUCUACAGCAUUCGAUCCGGCAUCAUACCUCACUUCCAAUCUUGGUGUUCCUGGUACAUCCUGUCAACGACAUUUCUCUGGGGGAUUUGAAUUACUGAUCUGUACCGUUGGGAUCUACAGAACUCCUACCAUUCUUAAAAAAGAACCCAGUUGAACUGGUUAUCUUCGUUGGUAGCCCCGGAGCAGGCAAGUCUACGUUCUACUGGAACCACCUGCAGCCAUUGGGAUACGAACGCGUCAAUCAGGACAUUCUCAAAACAGUACGUGAACAUCGAGCAUGCUCCGUGAAAAGAAACCAAACUUAACCUAGAAAUCAGCGUCAGAAGUGCAUCAAAGUAGCUCGGGAGCACCUGGCAUCCGAGAGAUCCGUUGCAGUUGGUGUGUUCUCUUACUGGUUCUAGUUGCUCUUCGGGACAACUAACUCUUUUUUAAAAUACAUCAGACAACACAAAUGCAGACCCUGAAACAAGAAAGUACUGGACAGACCUAGCAAGGGACCUCGACGUCCCAAUCCGUUGCAUCUAUUUCACAUCACCGCCAGAACUAUGCAAACACAACAAUGCCGUUCGAGCUGCUAAUCGAGACUUGAACCCAGAAUCCCGCACCCCCCUCCCGGGAAUAGCAUUCCAUGACUUCGCGCGCAGAUUCCGAGAACCAGCUCUCUCCGAGGGAUUCCAGGAUAUCGUGCGAGUAGCCUUUCGAUUCAAGGGGAGUGAGUCAGCCAGAAAGAUAUGGAGUCAAUACUGGAUUUGAUUUGACUUCUAUUUUUGGUUCCGCGUGCCUACCUGGGUUAGGUACUGUCAGGGCCCUUGCCAUGUAGACCAGGACGAGCACGUGAGUUUCCUUAUUUGGAUUAGCGUGGUGCGUGGAUAGGAAUACGCCGUCCAGCUUCACGUAGAUCUCUUCCUUUUUCCCUCCUCUCCAUGCUUGAAGUUCUCGUCGAUAGCUGCCUAGAUAGUUGAAUAGCAUCCUAUUCAUCGUCUAGUUGAGUUCCGUGACAGGUACCUGAUAAAUACUCUGAAUUUCUUUUUCCAGAAUCAAUAAUCUAAUUAUAUCGGGAAAUGUUGAAAGCUCGUUGUCCAUUGCAUGAUAUGAUGAAUAUCUGGACAAUGGAUAGGUACCUAAU